ACCAAUAGAGUUUGCCAAAGAAAAAAAUAAAUAAAGGAGACUGUAGACACUGCAGUGGAGCCAGGCGAGCUGGCUGUCAUGCGGGAUUGAUUGUGGGAAGUAUGUUUGGGCUGGAACAGUUUAGUCCAUAAAUUAAUAACAGAAAUUUUGGCCACACUGAGAAAAACUUUAACCAGCCAAAAGUGAGCAUGAACUCCCAUUACAAGAGCCCAGGUUUUCAUGCUGGAGGCCCACAAGGGACAGUCGAGACUGGUAUUGGCCCACUUAACGAGCUUCCUGUGAUUGAGAUGAACAUUAACAUGAACGGAGGGGAACAGUAUGGUGGAUUUCAGCAAGGAAAUUCUGAAUUGCAUGCAGGGAAUCUCCAACAACAACAACAACAGGCCUCAAUGCAUGGAUUUUUUAACCCUCAACAACCUCACAAUAAUCCUCACUGCCCUCAGACACAUUCACACCAACACCAUCAACACUUUGGGGGAAACUUUGGACCUGAACCUGGGUCCUCCUGUUUGCACAGCGGAAGGAUGAUGGGUUAUAACAGCAGUAUGGGGCUCCAGCAAGGAUUCACCGAGGGUUUUGACCCACUCUCUGAGGGGCAGUCAGCAGAUGGCUUCUCUCAGCAGCAGCAGCAGCAAAGGACAGGCUCCAUGCCUGAUUUUCAGCACCACGGACCCCCCAGUGGAAAUCACCCUGUCCCUGCCCCAUGCCUCCCCUUAGACCAGUCACCUAAUCGUGCUGCCUCAUUCCAUGGCCUGUCUUCUUCAUCCUCUUCCUCAGAAAAUCACAAUCUGGAGUCCAGACGAAUGCCCCCACCAGGCAGUGUUGAAGGACUGGACUACAACUAUUCUAAUGAGCCCUCAUCUGGGCAUUUUGAAGUGUCUGUGUACUCCCCUUCUGAGUCUGAUUCUCAGCUUUCUCAUUUCGGGCCUGGCCGUCAGGUGCCAGGGUCCAGUUUUCCUGGAAACCAAGGGUUGUCUCAAGCUCCUGGAAUCCAGGGCAUCUCUAAAGAACACCCCCAUGCCCCACCUCAACAGCAGCAGCCCUCAGCCCAGCACAGUGUGUUCUUUGAACGUUUUGGGGGUGGACGCAAAAUACCAGUGGGGAUAGAGCCUGGUGCCAGGCAUCCUCUCAUGCAGCAGCAGCAGCCAGGCUUGAUUGGCCGACAGAACACUUGCCCACCAUCUCUCCCACAGCCCCCACAAUCAGAGCCGGGUUCAGCUAAUGCUGGUAUGCAGGAGGGUGGCGUCAUGAUGCCUGGCCAGCAUAAUCAGUUUGAAUACCCUAUUCACAGACCAGAGAACAGACGGAUGCAUAGCUAUGGUGACCCCAUGUUCAACAUGCAGCAGCAGCCACCCCCUCCUCAGCAGCCUUCCAAUCAGAGACUGCAACACUUUGAGUCUCCUUAUUUAAAUAUGGCUAAGAGGCCCAGGUUUGAUUUUCCCAAUACCACUCACGGCGGGGAGAGUUGCGGCAGUUGGAACAGUGGUAUGCAUAACCCGCCUGGUAUGGAGAAUCAUCUCUCUCCCGCAGCCUAUUCUGGCCUGCCUGGAGACUUCACCCCCCCUGUGACGGAUGGCUUUUCAUCAGGCCCAUCGCUGCAGCUUACAGGGCCCGAGCAGCAGUCAAUGCAGCAGCAACAAAAUGCAGCAAUGAUGAUCAAGCAAAUGGCCUCUCGAAGUCAGCAGCAGAGGAUGAGACAACCAAAUCUGCAGCAGCUGGGUCAUCAUGUUGAUGUUCCUCAAGGGCCCCUGGGGCAUGGGGGCCCAGUGGGAGGCAUGCCUCAAUCGAAUUUCGAGAGAGAAAAUGGUGGGAGGAUGGUGAACUUUGAUGGACGGAAUGCACACAUGACUCUGGAGAGUGGGUGGUUUUCUGGGACACAUCCACCUGGCGAAGUGCUGGGCCAUCGCAUGGGUACAGGUGGAGAGCUGGGAGCUCAUGAAAUGCAGCAAAAUGGCCCUGGCGUGAUGUUCAGAGCUGGUGUGAAUGCAAUGGGCAUGCAGGAGCCAAUGAGGAUACCAGGGGAGGGCCACGUGCAGCCCUUACUUUCACCUAACAUCCACUCACAAUUCAGCAGUGGCAUGGGGAACCUUUCACAGAUGCAGUCUCCCAGUACAGGUGUUGGAUUGCCCAACACACCAUUAGAAAGGCGCCCCAAUGACUUUACAGGACCACCCAUGGGUGGUCUGUCCUCUUUUCCCUACGGAGGCUCUAAUCGACAGGGAGCCUCUCUCAGUAACUCUCAAGGGGUGAGCACCUCACCAGGGAGUUUUACAUCCCAAUCAGACUUUCCCACUAGCCAGCGUUCCUCUGUCAGCAAACUUGGGGGACUCUCCUUAGGGAAUUUUAGCAAAACGAGCGGCAAGGACAAUGCUUUUGGACAGAGCUGCCUGGCAGCCCUCUCUACUGCCUGUCAGAACAUGAUUGCCAGCCUGGCGGCCCCUAACCUCAAUGUGACAUUCAACAAGAAGACUCAGGGAGAAGGGAAACGAAAGCUGAGUCAGACAGAACAGGACCUGAAUAACAGUGUGGUUAAUGGCACUGGGAAUGCUGGGACUGAAUAUUUCUCAAGCAUUGCUGCCCCCCAAAGUGGGCAAAUGCCUCCUGCUGGAAAUAGCAACACUAAGCCACCAGGUCAAAAUCAGACGGUGCAGGGGGAAGCCAGCACCCUCUCCCCAAAUUACAAUAUGGACACUACCCCUUGCAAUGAGGGGAAGGCAGCAACAGGGAGUGGGAGAGGGAGAGGGAGGAGAAAAAGAGACAGUGGCCAUGUGAGCCCUGGGAUAUUUUUCCCCUCCGACAACAAUAACCCUGUUGUAAGUCCUGGCCAGCAGGUGACCUCAGCAGCUAGUGUGGGGGAGAGAAGUACAGGCACACCUCAAGAGAAGCCCCACACCUCUCCCUCAUGGGGCAAAGGGGGUGACCUGCUGCUGGGAGAUCAGGCUGACCUUAUCUCAUCUCUUGACAGCGGCAUCCAGAGCGUAUCAAAAUCUGAAGUCUGUUCACCUCGCAUGGAUUUUACAGAUGACGUGAGCACACAUUAUAGCAAUGAGGAUGAGGUUUCAUCGAGCUCGGAUGCUCCAACCUCUGUGAAGGCUGGCCGCAGCCCUUUGUUAGGCUCGCCCAAGUUGCAGAGAGACAAUGGACUAAUAGGUGUGCAGAAAGGGCAAGGCAUGGUCCUCUCCAAGCACACUACCUCAACAUCGGAUGGCUUUGGAGGAGUGGGCCAUCCGGGAACGCCGGGCAUGGAGCAAGUCCGAACACCCUCUAGCGCCUCUGGCCCUGAUGAAAUUCACCCGCUAGAAAUAUUGCAGGCUCAGAUUCAGCUUCAACGGCAGCAGUUCAGCAUUUCAGAGGAACAGCCUUUAGGUGUAAAAAAUAACAAGACAAGUAGUGACUGCAGUGGUCAAAAUGGAGAUGGAGAGCUUGCUAGCUGUAGCCCGGAUGCCGGGAAGGGCUCUGUGGGCACUAUUGAUCUGGACACACUCAUGGCUGAGCAGCAUGCCACCUGGUAUGUGCCCAGUGAUAAGUCUCUGCUUGAGGAUUCAGAGGAGGAGAAGUCUGUGUGGGAAAAAAAUAAAUUCCAGGGAGCCGUCAAAGAAGAAAACGUUGUGUUUCCCCAGCUCACCCCAUGCCAAGAACUCCCACAUACCUCACCAACGGCUCCGAACACCUGUCCAACCAAAGUUACCCCCGAGUUCUCUGAAGCUCCUCCCUGGUCUUCAGCCCAGAGCCGCCAGCCGCUCCGAAGUCAAGUCCGCCGGCCACUCGGAAGUCGGUCAAGCUCCCGCUCCUGA